AUGGCAGAGACAAGCCUGUUAGAGGCCGGGGCCUCUGCAGCCUCCACAGCUGCAGCUCUGGAGAACUUACAGGUGGAGGCAAGUUGCUCUGUGUGCCUGGAGUAUCUGAAGGAGCCUGUCAUCAUUGAGUGUGGGCACAACUUCUGCAAAGCUUGCAUCACUCGCUGGUGGGAGGACCUAGAGAGGGACUUCCCUUGUCCUGUAUGUCGAAAGACGUCCCGCUACCGCAGUCUCCGACCUAAUCGACAGCUGGGCAGCAUGGUGGAAAUUGCCAAGCAGCUCCAGGCCGUCAAGCGGAAGAUCCGAGAUGAGAGCCUCUGCCCCCAGCACCAUGAAGCCCUCAGCCUCUUCUGCUAUGAGGACCAGGAGGCUGUGUGUUUGAUAUGUGCAAUUUCCCACACCCACCGGGCCCACACUGUCGUGCCACUGGACGAUGCCACACAGGAGUACAAGGAAAAACUGCAGAAGUGCCUGGAGCCCCUGGAGCGGAAGCUGCAGGAGAUCACCCGCUGCAAGUCCUCUGAGGAGAAGAAGCCUGGGGAACUCAAGAGACUAGUGGAGAGUCGUCGACAGCAGAUCUUAAAGGAAUUUGAAGAGCUUCAUCGGCGGCUGGAUGAAGAGCAGCAGGUGUUACUUUCACGACUAGAGGAGGAGGAACAGGACAUUCUACAGCGCCUCCGAGAAAAUGCUGCUCACCUUGGAGACAAGCGCCGGGACCUGGCCCACUUGGCUGCUGAGGUGGAGGGCAAGUGCUUACAGUCGGGCUUCGAGAUGCUUAAGGAUGUCAAAAGUACCCUGGAAAAAUGUGAGAAGGUGAAGACCAUGGAGGUGACUUCAGUAUCCAUAGAGCUGGAAAAGAACUUCAGCAAUUUCCCCCGACAGUACUUUGCACUAAGGAAAAUCCUUAAACAGCUAAUUGCGGAUGUGACCCUGGACCCUGAGACUGCUCAUCCUAACCUAGUCCUGUCGGAAGAUCGUAAGAGCGUCAAGUUCGUGGAGACAAGACUCCGGGAUCUCCCUGAUACACCACAGCGUUUCACCUUCUACCCUUGUGUCCUGGCUACUGAGGGUUUCACCUCAGGUCGACACUACUGGGAGGUGGAGGUGGGCGACAAGACCCACUGGGCAGUGGGUGUGUGCCGGGACUCUGUGAGCCGAAAGGGCGAACUGACCCCACUCCCUGAGACUGGCUACUGGCGGGUGCGGCUGUGGAAUGGGGACAAGUAUGCAGCCACUACCACACCUUUUACCCCUUUGCACAUCAAGGUGAAACCCAAGCGGGUAGGCAUAUUCCUAGACUAUGAGGCCGGUACACUGUCUUUUUACAACGUCACAGACCGCUCUCAUAUCUACACCUUCACUGAUACUUUUACUGAGAAACUUUGGCCCCUCUUCUACCCAGGCAUCCGGGCUGGUCGGAAGAAUGCUGCACCGCUUACCAUCAGGCCCCCAACAGAUUGGGAGUGA